GCAAAUUCGCGCCGUAGAGCUUCCACCCGCUCGCCGUUUGAAUCGACCGUAUCCUCGCUCGCUCUCCCUUUGGGUCAACCGGAUUUUACUCCGCGUCGAUUCCUCCCCGCUUUGCCAAAUCGAAGGAGUCGUCUCACCGUCAACUCAGCAUUUGAUUCCACCCGCUUCGCCAAUACGAUUUCACGCUCAGAUUUCCGUCAAUUAUUAUACGGCUAGAAGGUAGAAGGAAGUUCCCGUUGCCGUGUGAUUGAACCAUCUGGGUUGUAUUCAAAGCCUAACAUGCCAUAGAUCUCAACAUCUUUGGGAUCCAUGGCUACAAUUAUUCGAAGUAGAGAAAUUGGCUAAGUUUAAACGCAAGAUGUUGGACUUCAUAUAUGGCUAUCUGUGUACAUAUAGUUUCAGAGAGGAUUAAAAUAUGUUGAAGUACAAAUUGUAUAUCAGAAGGCGGCUAUUAUACCAGAGUUCUCCCCGCUGUGCUCCUCGCUCUCCCUUUGUUCCCGGAUACGGCUUGGUCUAGCUCCUCUGCUAAUCGGGCUUGUUGAAAAGAUUAACAAUUCUAUUGGCCAAGAUCCUGAUUCUCAGUUGUUGAUUGGGGUUCUGGACAUUUACAGAUUUGAGAGUUUCAAGACAAACAGGUCCCAGAGAACUUACAGGUGCUGUUGAUCUUAUUAGUCAGUUCAAGUUGUUGCCUCAUCAUGAGUAUUUCUGCAAGAGGCAACUUCCACUAUCAAUUUCAGAUACGCACUAUCUGCACAAUGUGGUUGGAGAUACAGAAAUUAGGAAAGGCGAAGGAAUGCAAUUGGAUCAGCUUAUUGAGGAUGCUUCCUUUUCAAGAGAGAUGAAUGCAUCAAUAAAGCCAUUUGAUCUAGAUGUUCUGGGAGAAGCUUUUCAACUGAGGGAAACAUAUCCAAUUGAUCUGCCCUCUUCUGAAAAGGGUAUUCCAACUAUGGUGGGGAAAUCUAAGAGUGAGUCCAAAGACAAGGAGAAGAAGCAUAAAAAGCACAAGGACAAGGACAAAGAUAAGGACAAGGAUAAAGAUAAAGAACAUAAGAAGCAUAAACAUCGUCACAAGGAUCGAAGUAAAGACAUGGAUAAAGAUAAAAAGAAAGAUAAAAGUGGCCAUCAUGAUUCUGGUGCCGACCAUUCAAAGAAGCAUCAUGAGAAGAAAAGGAAGCAUGAUGGAGAGGAAGAUAUCAAUGAUCACAAGCACAAGAAAAGCAAGCACAAGAGCUCAAAAAUUGAUGAAAUGGGCGCAAUAAAGGUAGCAGGCUAACAAGCAGCAUGACUGGUGUCCAUUGUUUUUUGUCCUCAGAUUUUGCAGUUGAGAAUAUGAAGGGAACCUUCUACUAACUAUUAAGAAAAGUUUCUGAGGUAUGCAAGUGCAAUGGGCAAUAAAAUGCAAUGUGUAAGAGUAAGUACAUCACCUGUGAAUGCUUAUCAAUCUGAGUUUUAUUUUAAUACGCGCACAUGAGGAGGAAUAUAUUGGUGAUGAGGGAGAAGGUGAUAUGGUUGAGGAGGAGGUUGAAGACGUCAAUGAGGACCUUGAGAGUGAGGAGGAUGAUGACCAUGUUGGCGAGGAGCAUGGUCAGAUGGUUGAUGAAGCUGAGGAGGACGAGCAUGAUGAAGUUGUUAAAGAAAGACGCAAGCGCAAGGAGCUUGAAAUUUUUAUUGAUGUUGUGUCUUGACAAAUUUGCAGUCUUGCUACAAGAAGCGUAAGCGAAUGGAUUAACAAGAUUAUGAAAAGUGGAAGUCUGCUGUUUUUGACUCAAAUAAUCCUGUCAAGGCUAAAGGUGGGGCAUUAAGCCAUCAAUAUGCUUCUGUGUUUAUUUAAUUUAUAAGUUAUAGGAUGUGAUGUGUUUGCUUGUAAGCUAAUGUGAACUGCACUUUGGACAAUAGCAUUUUUUUAAUUUUAGUUUUA